AUGGAAUACUUGGAAGGACAGGGACCCGUGAAGGAGAGAAACAGAAGCCAAAAAGGCCCAUCCAAACGAAGCCUUAUUCUCUCUCUCUUUAAAAUACACCUUGUGGUUUUCUUUACACUUCGCUCGCUCUCUUACCCUGCGUAUUCCUUCUUUUCGUGCGUGCGCUUCUGGAACAAUCUCCUCUUACCGAUCUCACCACUGGAAAUCAUGAGUGACGAAGGAGAAAGGACUUGUCCUCUCUGUGCAGAAGAGAUGGAUUUGACUGAUCAGCAGCUGAAACCAUGCAAAUGUGGUUAUGAGAUAUGUGUCUGGUGUUGGCAUCACAUACUGGAAAUGGCUGAAAAGGAUGACACAGAGGGACGAUGCCCUGCCUGUCGUUCUCCAUAUGAUAAGGAAAAGAUUGUUGGGAUGGCUGCAAACUGUGAGAGAUUGGUGGCUGAAGUUCAUAUGGAAAAAAAGAUGAAGAACCAGAAAGCGAAAUCUAAAUCAUCUGAAGCACGGAAGCAGCUCAGUAGUGUGCGAGUGAUUCAGCGGAACCUUGUUUACAUAGUGGGCUUGCCUCUCAAUCUGGCAGAUGAAGAUCUUCUCCAGCAGCGAGAAUAUUUUGGUCAGUACGGGAAGGUCUUAAAAGUGUCAAUGUCUCGUACUGCAGCUGGUGUUGUUCAGCAGUUUCCAAACAAUACAUGUAGUGUGAUUAUUAGUAGCAGUGGUGGUGAUUGCCAUAGUGGCAUAGAGCAGAGUGGCUUGUGGCUAAUCUUGAAUGCUUGUCGUGGAGCACUUCGCUCUUCUGAAAUCACGGCCAUUCUUGUCUGGCUUGUUUUGGAACCACUAAAUAUUGUCAUGCGUGGCUCAGAAACAUGUAAUCCAGAUUGUCUGUAUCUGCAUGAGAUUGGCUCUCAAGAGGAUAGUUUCACAAAAGAUGAAAUCAUUUCAGCAUACACUAGAAGUCGUGUUCAACAAAUUACUGGUGCUGCAAACAAUAUGCAACGGCGCACUGGUAUUGUAUUGCCACCUCCAUUGGAUGAUUGUGCAGACAAUUCAUCAGGAAAACCAAUUCUGGACAAUACAUCAAGUACCACUGUUAGCACUGUUCAAGGUUCACCUCCUAAUGGGAGUUCUGGGAGACCUUUACCUCUUCCUGCUGCUGCAUGGGGUACACGGGCUACACAUUUUCAGCCGGCUGCCGGUGGCUUAUUAUCUGCAAAUGAAGUGGCCAAGCCUAAACCUGAUACUAUCAACAGCACACUACCCUUUUUGUCUGCUGGUGCAGGAACAAUUCAGCCUUCAUUAAAUAGUGACGUGACAAAGAGACCGCUGUCAAGUGAUGGGAGUCAUAGUACGACUCCUGAGGUAAAAAAUGAAUUACCGAAACCUGUUAAACUAUAUAGAAGCAUGGAUAACAUGGCUAGAGCUAGUGAAAGAACUACUGCUUCUGAUGUUCGUCUUUCACCUGUGAAAUUGAACAACCAGUUGUCUUCUCUACCAUUGUCCAGAGGUAGUGACAGAGGCAGUUGUACUGCAAUGAAAACACCAAAUUCUAUUGACAUCACUGGACAGUCAUGCAGCUUUGGUCCUGCGGAAGCAAUUAUAUCUGCUAGUGAAGUGAUUGAGAAUUUGUCCUGUGAUUUGUCUUCUGUUAUUUUUGAUGGAAAUUCCCCAAAUGAACACUACAGCCUCCCCAAACCUAUCAGCUCAUCUGAUAAUGUGUUGGCUGAAUCUAUGCAAUCUCAAGAAUCACAGUAUAAUGCUGACAAAUUUAGAGAUGCAAUGAUUACAAAUGCAGACAGUAAAGCUGCUUCUUCAAACAAUGAAGUUUGUAGUUUAAAGGAACAGUGUGAUUUGUCAUUGGAUUCUCAAUCUCAAGUAGUAUUGGCUAAUACUGAAGUAGAAGACGACAUAACAACUUUUGAUAAUCAAAGACUUAAGGAUCCUGAAGUUGUUUGUUCAUAUUUGCCAAAGUCAGCCAGUUUUCGUCAUGUUCCAAAUCAUUCUCGUCAUCAUCUUCUGCCGCAUGGUGAACCACACAUUGUAAAUUCUGCUUCUUUAGAUGCCAAUGAUAAAGUUGGGGAUGACUCAGUAUUACAUGCACAUAACAUAACAUGCAAUGGAUAUUCUGAAAAAUCAACGAGCUCUAGUUCUUAUGGUUUCCUCCAUGAUGAAAGAAAUGAGCAACAAAUUGAAAGUUUAGUUAGUGAAGUCGCUAGUAUUGGAAGUGAUGCUGUUAUGGACAAGGGUGAGAGUAGUAUCAUUUCAAAUAUUUUGUCCAUGGAGUUUGAUGCCUGGGAUGACUCACUAACAUCACCUCACAGUUUGGCCAUGUUGUUGGGUGACAACACUGAGAAGCAAAAUGACUCACUAAAAAAAUCUAGUUCUUGGAAAAUUCAAAGUAACAAUCAGUCAAGAUUCUCUUUUGCAAGACAAGAAGAAUCCAAAAUCCAAGCCAAUUUACAUCCAUCUUCUGCUGCUAUCCAGCAAUUUCCGAAUAAAGGUUCACUCAUACAUGAUUUUGUGGAAAGAGACUUUUCUUUGGACAAGGUGGGUAUGACAAAUGGCUACCCCUCCAAUAACCUUGAGGAAUCUGGAAAUCUUGGCAGUGGUCAUUUUUCCCCUUCAAACAAUAAGCUUUCCGCUGUUUCAAGAGCACAAAUUUCAGCGCCACCAGGAUUUUCUGUUCCAAACAGGGCACCACCUCCUGGUUUCUCUUCUUUUGAGAGAGCAGGGCAGCCUUUUGACUCCCUUUCUGGGAAUUCAUUGCUUGACUCUUCUUUCUUAUUGAGAAGUUCAUAUCAAACACCCUCAACUGGAAAUAUUGGUGGUCCAGGAGACAUUGAAUUUAUGGAUCCUGCUAUUUUGGCAGUUGGUAAAGGUAGAAUUCAAGGUGCACGAAAUAGCCCAUUGCUGGACAUGCGGUCCAAUUACCCUGAACAGUUAAAUUACUUUGAAAAUGAGGCUAGAGUUCAAUUAUUGAUGCAAAGAUCACUCUCACCACAGCAAAAUCUUCGAUUUUCUGAUAUAGGGAAUUCCUUUUCUCAGCUUGGUGAUUCUUAUGGCAUUUCUUCUAGGUUAAAUCAAUCACAAGUCAAUAAUCUGGCUUCAUUUCCUCAGUUGUCCCUUCAGCAGUCUAGAAAUGCAGUCUUGUCAAAUGGUCAAUUGGAUGGGUGGAAUGAAGUGCAGAAUGGAAAUAGUUUGGGUGUGGCUGAGCUUUUGAGAAAUGAAAGACUUGGAUUUAACAAGUUUUAUAGAGGAUAUGAUGACUCAAAAUAUAGGAUGCCAAAUUCUAGGGAUCUGUACAACAGAACAUUUGGGAUUUGA